AUGACGGACAAAAAUCUUCCGGCUCAUCUGGAAGAUAUGGCGAAGACGUUUGAACGUCUUAGCUUGCUAGUUACCUCUGAGGCCCCUCUCACCCCAAACAAUAUCUAUUUGUCCUCUAUUCUCACUUCCCUUCCUUUGGACUGGUUGUCCUGCGUAUCAUCCAUGAAGAAUGAACCGAGGGUCAACCCCGAGCGAGAUCAUAAAUCCCAACAGGCUCCGCCUAAGACCAAGAGACCGGGCGUUAAGCGAGCUAACCACUCAAACAAACCAUCCACAGUCGCCAAGAAUGCAGGCUGCACGUUGGCUGCACCUCUCAUUUGCAACACCCAACAAUCCGAUGACGAGUCGGAUUUCUCAGGCUCCGAACUCAAGAUCAGAGCUGGACAGGCGGCUGUGUCUUUUUCUGUUGGCUUUCCGUCCAUCCUGUCCGGAGAUGCUAAUCUAGAUUUGGGAUGUUCAAUCUCGAUGACGCCGGAUCUUUCCUCUGUGCAUUUGGCUAAGGCAAACAACACACCCGUACAUCUGGCAGAUCAUCCCACCGUCGAGGCGAGUCACAAAGGAGUCUCUCGUCUACCAAUCAAAGCUGAAACCUCUGUCCCAACCCUGGUGGUUCUGGUGUGGAACUACUCUUGGGAUGAAUAG